AUGUGCUUGACAGUAAUCUACAUUAUGAUGGAUGUAUUAUUCACUUUGCACGUGAACGGUGGAUAUUUCCAGGAUCAUAUUGUGGAGUGGAGUGACAAAAAUCCCGUGUUCCUGGACAAGACAAACAGACUGCGGGUUCGCGAGGGAGAUAACAUUAUCUUCGUUUGUUCUGAAGCUAAUGUGCCAAAUAUACAACUGUUUUGGACUAUGAAAGCCGAAACGUUCGAAUCGUGUGCACCUCAUCACACUUCCGAAAUGGUCAAGCUGCUGGAGUGCCAAAAUUCCAAUGUCCCUAAACUGGAGUUCAUCCUUAAAGUGGCCCGUUUCUCUGAAAUGCAAUACACACCAACUUUUGAGGAGGGACAUUUGGUGUACUUUUUGAGCCAACAGGAAAUAUGUUUACGAGCCAACAUGCGACUGAUUGUCGAAGUGAUAAAUGUUGAAAAUCUUACUCCAGACUAUAACAACAGUCACAUAGUCUCAACAACUGCCAACGACAUCAAGCAAAAUGCGGAUAUAAUGAAAUUCAAUGACCAGGAUGCAAAAAUGCCCAGAUGUUCACUAUGGCUGCUUGCGAGUCCAGAACAACAAGCCGAUUUCGACUGA